GCAGGCGGACAGAGGGGAGCGAAGGGUUCGUGGCGCAGGCGUUGUUCAGUCGCUAGCGCGACCGCGCUCCCACCGGCCGCGCGCCAUGGACGAGACUCGAGUACGGGACCGCGCGCCGCUCACCGUCAUCGUCGCCCCCAGUAAUGCAUCGCCGCCGAGGCUUUCACCCGCAGACCUCUUGCCAGACGGAGAUGCCGCCUUCCACCCGUUGUCGGCCGUCAACGGGCGCCUCACGCCGCCAGGCUUGGAGCCAGCUUCGUACGCCACGCUGACACCUCUCCUCCCGCUCCCCCCGAUCAGCACGGUAUCCGACAAGUUCGCGUACCACGCUGGAGGCACGUUCACGGUUAUACAGCAGCAGCACUCGUACGCGUCCCUGUCUCCGGCGCCCUACAACGAGCCCCUGUCGCCGCAGUCCGCGUACAGCAGACGGAGCGCGUCCCCGAACUCGUUCGAGAGGCGGUCGCCCACGCCGCCCCUGCCCAGCCCGGGGCUCGACCUCAACGCGGCGUUGUUAGCGAGGGAAGAGGCGCAACAGCAAGCGCAAGCACAGACUAAUGACACGGAAGAGAUUAAUACGAAAGAAUUGGCGCAAAGGAUAAGCGGUGAACUAAAGAGGUAUUCGAUACCGCAAGCUAUUUUCGCACAGAGGGUGCUGUGCAGGUCGCAGGGGACGCUCAGCGAUUUAUUAAGAAACCCGAAGCCGUGGUCCAAACUAAAGUCAGGCAGAGAAACGUUCAGGCGAAUGUGGAAGUGGUUGCAGGAGCCAGAGUUUCAGAGAAUGUCGGCGUUGAGAUUAGCAGCGGCCCAGAUUCCACAGAGAGGCAGCUGCAAGCGCAAGGAGGAUAUAACUUCGGAUACCCAUCCUUCGCCGAAGAAACCGCGUUUGGUUUUCACAGACCUCCAGCGGCGUACUCUACAAGCUAUUUUUAAGGUAAAUGAAACCAAAAGGCCAUCGAAAGAAAUGCAAGUAACGAUAGCUAGGCAGUUGGGCUUAGAGCCGACUACAGUAGGUAAUUUUUUCAUGAACGCGCGCAGGCGCUCCAUGGACAAAUGGCGAGAUGACGACGCGCCGUCCACAGAUCUGGACCAGCAGUGCGACACGCACGACCUCGACCACGUCCCCAGUCUCGACUCCGCGGACUCCGAGGAGGACCACGAGGACCACGACGACCAUCUCUUGUGACGCCGUCUACCGCCCCAGCAUUUAUUAGUGCUUUGAAAACAAUUUGGAGUUGUCCCUGAUGGUGUGAUCUUGACACAUCACGAAGGGCGUUCCGGACAUUGAUGUGAAUAUGUCUAAGUCGAUCAGUAUUGUGCAAGGCGACUUCUGUGUACAGAAACAUAUUGUAAGUUACAUUCGUUCAAUUAUCAUUCCAAACUGAUCUCCAAUAUCAAUGUUUCUAGUCAAACAUAAUCGAUUAGUCAUUUAGUUUAUAUUGCUAGAUAAAAUAUGUAUUAUUUUAUUUAUGUUUAGUGUCGUCGUUUGAAUCCACCGGUGUAUGUACAAUUUUGAUGACAUUUGAUUUUAGAAUAUAUUAGAGCUCGCGCAAGAGCAACUUUUGU